UCAAAGAAACAUCUUGUAGUUUUAUACUUCUUUGAGAGACUAACAGCGAAACAUAUGGAGCCCGAUGAGUCGGAGAAUAUUACGAACAAGGAAGACUACUAUAUAUAUGAUUCCAUGUACUACGAGGACAUAGACUCCUUAAAACAGUCAUGGACAAUCAAAGAUGGUCAUUUUCUGCCCACAAUCCUAGUGUACAGCCUAACAUUUGUGAUCGGUCUUGCAGGAAAUAUACUAGUUAUUUAUGCUGUGGUAUGCAGUCGGAAAAUGAGGUCCAUAACAGCGUCUUUCAUGAUAAGUCUGGCAACUGCGGACAUCCUGUUUCUCGUGGUAUGCGUGCCAUAUAAUACUGUGGAAUUCGUGAAGAUUGAGUGGCAGUUAGGACCGGGCUUAUGCAAGUUAUCGGUCUUUACGGAGCUGUUGUCGGCCUUUAGUUCCAUCUUAAACUUGUCUGCUGUCAGCGUGGAAAGAUUUAUUGUUAUUGUCCUGCCAAUGAAAAGCAGAAGUUGGUGCACAUCGGGAAACACUCACAAAAUCUUGGCAACAGUUUGGAUAAUAUCUAUAAUUCUAUCGUCUCCUGCCUUUUACAUCAUGAACGUUAAGUACAAGAACUUUCACAACAACGUGUCCAGUGUGACCUUGAACUUCUGUGAUGACAGUCACGUAUCUGAGCAGUUCCGCAUUGUUUUUAGCUUUAGCAAACUAAUCCUAAUGUUUGCCAUUCCUACAGUCAUCAUGUCAGUGUGCUAUACCGGUGUUAUAUAUGCCCUUUGGGUCAGUUCAGCGCAGCUUACCAAACUCACUACGGUGCCGAGAGGUCCGGGCAGAGACCGAGGAAGCAGGCACCUUGUUAGGUACUCCAGCGUGUACACUGAUAAUAUGACGACAAGUAAACCGUGCUGUGUAAAGCAUGAUGGGUCACUUCAUCAGUCCCACACAUUAAACGCCAGAAAACAGAUUAUAAAGAUGUUGAUCGCUGUUGUUCUUGUUUUUCUUAUUUGCUGGGGGCCAAAACUAAUAUUUGACGUAAUCAGUAAAAUGGCACCAGAAAUUCUUUUCUAUGAUGAAGUCUUUAAAAUAAAGAUUGUGAUCGAGUGCCUGCCGUACAUUCAGUCCUGUAUCAACCCUUUUGUGUACUGUUUUAUGUCCAAAAAGUUCCGAGAGAGUAUACGCACGUCUUGUCGCAUUGCGCAUCCAAACUGCCACCUACAUGCAUGUUUUUGUUUCGUGGGAGUAAGGGACAAUAAUUCCCAGCACUUCGAGCUGGACUCUAAAGGCAGCCAAGGCACGGGACAGACACGACUGACCAUAAAUCGGCCAAAUACAAGCAGAUCAGCAUCCUCCACCGAUGAUCCCUUUUGAAACAGAUAAAAAGGGAUGUGUUUGAA